ACCUGUUAUCAUCAACCUUAUCAACAUGCUUUCAAGUUUUUAUCAAAAAUGUACCAAGAGUAGAUUUUCUAUAACUCAUUAUCGUUGUGUUUCACAUUAAAUGUUUUAUUAGUGUUCCCACGCCACCUCCUGUAGAUUCAAUCUCAGCCUGAUAGCUAGUAUUUGGACUGAGUGAACUCUAGAAUGAAAGGAUUGGUCGUGCCAAAAAAUUGCCCUUAUUAUAGAAGUAAUUUUCUUAGUUCGCCCUUUAUUAUACCCGGUGUUACACUGAAUCGUUAUUUGAUAAUGCAUUCACAACUUUGACUUUUAAGAUUGGAGAAGAUUUCAACUAGCAAGAAAGUAAAAUGUCACGGCUGAAGAAUGUUCUGAUGAAAAUAAGGAACAAUUGGAAAAAAUCAGUCUUUGGUUCGGUAGCGCUCGUUUAUGGUGUCAAUCUAGGAAAUGAAAAAUAUCUCAAAAGUUGCAUGCUUAGAGAGUACUGUGAAACUGCGGCCCAGUUCGGAGAAGCUCCAAUUGGAGCUGUACAAAAGCCAAGACACAUAACUGUGAUAUUGAACCCUGCUGCAAAUAGAAGACAGGCGAAACUUCAAUAUGAAUUGUACUGUGCUCCAAUUUUAAAUCUAUCCGGCGCUUCAGUAGAUGUUCUGCAAACCACAGGAGAAGGAGGUGGGAGAACUCUGGUAGAGAAAUUAUCCACUGAAACUGAUGCUAUUAUUGUUGCCGGUGGGGAUGGCACAGUCUCAGAGGUCAUUACAGGUCUUCUGCGGAGAUUUGAAGGAAACAUUCAUAAGGCUCUCCAGAUUCCAAUUGGCAUCCUGCCUCUGGGCAGAACCAACAGUGUCAUCAAGUCCUUAGUCAAAAUUGAUGAAAAUGAGCUGAAAGAAAAAGUUCUCACCGAUGCUGCAAUGAAUGUGGUUAAUGAGAAAACUAAACGCUUGGAUGUGAUAAGUGUUCAACUCACAGAGGAUUUGCCAAUCGGAAAACGACCAAUAUAUGCUCUCAGUUCAGUGGAAUGGGGCGCUUUGCGCAAUGCGGAUGCCGCACAGGACAAAUAUUGGUAUUACGGAGUUUUCCGUAACUACAUGUCAUACUUGUUUCAUGGGACUCCAAAAUCAGAGGUCCAAACAGAGCUGUCAUUCACACCCCCUUGCACCGGUUGCAACAACUGCUUCUCCAUUCGAAAAGAUCUGCACAAAGAGGAAGGACACUCUAAAAAGUGGUGGCAUUACUUUUUGCCUGUCAUGAGUCGUCAGUCAAGUGAAAAACAAGUUGACUAUUCAUCAAUCAUGAAUCCAGAUUGUAGUCAAGUAACCAACAAGAAAGUAGAAAGUAUUAAUUUAGCCAUUACAACAACAAACAUACAACCAGAAUCAUCGUCUGAUAUUCCUCAUUUAAAUGUUUAUAUAGCUGAACCAGAGAUGUCGUACAUAGAUUUUGUCAAGAAGGGUUUCAAGAGAAUUGAAGAUCGUGUUUUUGAGGCUCCAGAGUCGUUUGAAGCGCAUAUUUUGGAGCUACACCCAGUGUUAAAAACAGAUGAAGAAAUGUAUUUCUCCAUAGACAAUGAACCGUAUGAAGUUCGACCAGUGAAAAUAACUCUGCUACCAAAAAGUAUAAAUGUUUUUUGUUCUUGAAACUUAAUUUUACUUAACUUGCAAAUAAAUGUUUUAAGUUUUUUAUAUUU